GGGGGCGGAUCCUAGAGUGCCGGGGGCGUUGUCGGAGGCGGUGGCGGCUCCAGCGAUGGCCGAGGACCGGAGGAGGGGGCUCGGCGAUGGGACCCGAGCAAAGCGGGUGCUGCCGCCGCUGCCGCUACCGCUGCUGUUGGGGUUGCUGCUGCUGGACGGCUGCUCGGGUAGGAUCCACCAGCUAGUGCUGACGGGGGAAAAACGAGCUGACAUCCAGCUGAACAGCUUCGGCUUCUUUACCAAUGGCUCUUUGGAAGUGGAACUCAGCCUCCUUCGUCUCAAUCUGGAGAGCCAGAAAAAAACCCAGAAAGGACAGUGGCAAAUGGUGGGCUUUAGCCUAUCCCGAGCUCGCACUGGCAGCAUUCGAUCCUAUUCGGCCCCAGAACCCCACACUUGUGCCCUCAAACACAAUGGGAGCAACCUGAUGGCCACCUUCCUCAUUGACUUCAAGGAAAAACAAGUUCAUGUAUGUCAGUUUGGGGAGCAGAAGAAACUCCAGAUUUCUCCAGGGCUUCUCCAAGGAGGUGUAUCUCUGCCCAGUACAGACAAUGAGACUAGUGCAGCCAAGAAGGAUGGGGCAUCGCCACCACUGUCUUCUGGGAGCCAGGAGUCCAGCCAAAAGGAGAAGGGGCUGGUCCUGAGCUUGGGUUACAACAAUGAUUCCUACAGCUUCAGUUUCCACGUGGUGAUCGGCUCCCCAGCCGAGGAAGGAAUUUACAACCUCAACUUUCACAAUUGCUACAAUGCCGUCCCUGGGCAUGAGAAACCCUUUGACAUCACGAUAAUGAUUCAAGAGAAGAAUCCCCAGGGCUUCCUGUCUGCUACUGAGAUUCCCCUCUACAAACUCUACUUGAUCAUGUCAGCUUGUUUCCUGGGAGCUGGAGCCUUAUGGGUCUCUGUUCUCUGCAAACACAAAUACAGCGUCUUCAAGAUUCACUGGCUGAUGGCGGCUCUGGCCUUCACCAAGAGCGCAUCCCUACUCUUUCACAGUAUCAACUACUAUUUCAUCAAUAGCCAGGGCCGACCCAUUGAGGGCCUUGCCGUCACUGACUACAUCACCCACCUGCUGAAGGGCGCCCUCCUCUUCAUCACCAUUGCCCUCAUUGGCUCUGGCUGGGCCUUUGUCAAAUAUGUUCUGUCCGACAAGGAGAAGAAGCUUUUUGGGGUUGUCAUCCCCUUGCAGGUCCUGGCCAAUGUAGCCUACAUCAUUAUUGAAUCCACUGAGGAAGGGACCAGUGAUUAUGCCCUGUGGAAGGAGAUUCUGUUCCUGGUUGACCUCAUCUGCUGCGGAGCCAUCCUCUUCCCUGUUGUAUGGUCCAUCCGACAUCUCCAAGAGGCAUCAGGCACUGACGGGAAGGUGGCAGUGAAUCUGGCAAAGCUCAAGUUGUUCCGGCAUUACUACGUCAUGACGGUGUGCUACAUCUACUUCAGUCGAAUCGUGGCCGUCCUGCUCCGCGUCAGCGUCCCCUUUCAGUGGCAGUGGCUGAAUGAGCUGCUGGUGGAGGUCUCUACCCUGGUGUUCUUUAUCCUCACCGGCUACAAAUUCCGCCCAGCAUCUAACAAUCCUUACUUGCAGCUGCCCCAGGAGGAUGAUGAAGAAGAUGUUCAGAUGGACCAAGUGAUGACAGAAUCUGGGCUCCGGGAAGGCUUGUCCAAGGUCAACAAAACAGCCACCAGCAGAGAGGCUCUCUGAGACCCUGCCUCCCCUGGUAUUAGGGGGCCUCAGAUGCCCACACUCCCUGGCCUCUCAACUCUCCCAGGGCCAGGCCCCCAGCAAGGAGAAGGGAGGACUCGAUGGGGGGAAGGAAUGGGGGGACCUCCCCUUGGUUUGAAGGGCAAUGCCUCAUUAUCAUGCCCCUGGUGAGUGGGGGGCAGCCUAGGAUGAGCCCCCACCCCCUCACACACACACACACACACACACACACACACACACACACACACACACACACACACACACUCCUGCUGUAUAAUAAUCAGUCUUUUUUUUGCUAAA